CGUGAACCAGAACCAGUCUCCAGACCUCUCUCGGACGGUUGGAAUAUUUUGAAGAACGACCGUGCACCAUGGAUAAAUAUAGGAUCCGCAUGGUCUGAAGAGGUCAUGCAGGGUAGACAAGGAUCUAUAGGCGAUGAUCAGGACAGUGGUUGGCCCAAUGCAAACGCUGAUAGUUGGCAAGAUCCGAAUAAAGGAUUGACAAUUUGUUCACUAUCUACAAUAAACGAAGAAAGUGACGAUGCUGAUAGAAUUGAUAAUUUAUGA